AUGGCCGACGACAACGACAACUUCUUCUCCGAUGACGACCUGAACGACAUCCCCGCCAACACCCUCGACCAGCUCGAGCACCACGCCUUCACCUCCACCCAGAAGCCCGCCUCGACCCCUACGCCGUCUGUACAGCCGUUUCGGAGACCCGUCCCGAAGAACAAGUACCUGCCAUGGCGACCUCCGCAGCCGUCUCGUCUCGUCCAGCAGCAGCAACGACCGAGUGCCCCGCCCCCAAGCGCUCCCGAGCCACCCUCCUUCGACUAUGGAUACGGCGAUGAGGAUGUCAUUGACCUGGACGAGCCGUCUAUGGUCAUCCAGUCUGCAGCCAGAGCAACAUCAGUGAGGCCGAAUCAGCGACCUCAAAGCAAAGGAACCAAAGCUGCACUAGAUCCAGAGACUGAGGCUGCAUUUGCUGCUGCAGAUGCUGAGCUGGGCAGCCAGACAUUUGGGAGAUGGCCACGACCUGCACCAGCCGUACAGGCUCAAGAUGACGGGUCCAUCGAUGUAUCUGCCCUGCAAGCCAGGAUUGCAGAGUUGGAAGCAGAGCAGGCCAGGUCGCGACAGUCGGAGCAAGAGGCAUUGAACGAGGCUCGGGCAAAGCAGGGCGAGAUCUCGAUUGUACGCAGCAAUCAGGACAAGCUCACGAAGCAAUAUGAGGCGAGGUUGUCGGUCAUGCAGAAGCUGCAUGCGGAUGAGACGGCCAAGCAGCGGGCGGAGAUUGAGGCCAGUAGGAAGGAGCGUGAGAAGAUGCAGACGGACAAUCGCUUUCUCCAGCACGACUUGGCCCAGGAAGCCGAGCGGGUGAAGAGAGUGACUGGUCCCAAGAAACCUACGCAGAGGGAAACGCCCAAGAAGAGUAAGAGAACAGCGCUGGGCGAUGGGUUCGACGAGCAUGAGCUGCAGGCAAGUCCUAGCAAGACGAGGGACAAGUCCAGAGAUCACACUCCAAAGGUUGGGGCGAAGAGGAAACGGACUGCCAAUGACAGUCCAGUCGCUGCGUUGUCGUUCACGCAACCACCUCAACCUGUGCUGCGGCAGGAGAGCACUGAGCAAACCACAGUCUCUUUCGAUCAGCCGGUGGCAGAAACCCUCUCAGUAUCAAGAAACGACAAGUACGAGUUCAUGCAGUUGAUUCUGCAUCAUUCGCCGCCUGAUGGGCAGUGUCGAACCAUUGAGCUUCUGGCAGGCUUUCACUUCCCAUCGAAGCCGAAUAGGUCGCUUUCGACCAUACUGCUGGACUCGAUCACGUAUCAAACAGAUGUCGUGGAUGGUAUGAUGGCUCUCGUGGUCUCGAGAGCAUUGCUCGACAUCUGGCAUCGUUGUCUCGAGGAGCAGUAUAUGACUCCGUGCUAUUUGAUCGUUGACAUGCUGCAUUUCGUACUACAAGACGAGCUACUCUCGACCAAGGCAUCGCUCAUCGAGCAGGCCAUCCCACUAUGCAGUCGUUCUAUCGAUCUGAUCUCAGUUCCACUGGGUCGAGCGUCUAGGAAUGCUUCGUUUGCAGCUUCGCUCGAUCGGCAGGCGCUCGAAAAGCUAGCUAACGAUCUCGACGUAGAUGGCAUCGUCGACUUGCUGCAUCAAUUCUGCCAAGCGGCAUCGUUGUCGUCCGAACGAAAUGAGACAUUCUGGCGGACCAUCGAGUUUACCUUCGUCAUGCUCACUCUCAACAAAGCACAGCCAAUGCACCAGAUCAUCACGGUCUUACAGAUGCUCAUAACUUCAGCGAGGUCGACCACUUUCAGCGUGAUCGUUGAAGACCCUGUCAAGCAAGUUGAGCAGGAGAAGCAAAUGGUUGAUCGCCUAACGAACCUUCUCUUCGAGAACCCCGACCCACCGAAAGAUGAGCCACCAUACGGCGAGGAAGAGGUACUUGAGAUGCGGGUCGAGGUCCUCAAGGUGUUGCGCGAGAUGUGUCAGACUGAUCAUGGAACGCUGCUACUCAUGCAACAUCGAAGUGCGAUCGGUAGAUUGGUCCGCUUCCUGGAUGUUCAAGUCAACAAGCUUUACCGCACUCGGCCUUCCAUGGGUCUUCAGAAGAAGGAUGAAGAAGAGCGCAGUGUCCAUGAGUGGGUGUUCAAACCUGUCAACAUGACUACGCGACUCCUUUACCACCUGCUUCGUGGCUUUGAUGAUCCUCCAGCUGCCGUUCAAAAGCUUCAUGCUGUGCACGGGGGAUAUCACAAGUUCUUGGUCAGCCUCACACGGAUCGCCUUCAGCGAGCAGCUGGUAUUUGAGGCUGGUAUCGAGGACGAAGCUGCUGAAGCUGCUCACAACAUUCUGGAUAACAUUCUCGGGCCAGAGGAUGGGGAAGCUGUGAUGAAGGCGAUGGAGACACCGAGAGGAACGAAAGGGUCUACUACGGAGAGGAAUACAACGAGCGCUGAGGAGAAUGGUGGUCAAAGUCAAGGAGAAGGCGAUACGACGAUGACUGAGCCAGGCUGA